AUGGAGCUUCCAUUCACCAGGCUGGAAAUGGCAUUCAUUUUGUUGGCUUUUGUUAUCUUUUCCUUAUUUACUCUGGCUUCCAUCUACACUAACCCAGACGAGAGGAAUGAAGAAGAAGAAGGAGAAGAAAGAAAAAGAAAGAAAGAAAGAAAGAAAGAAAGAAAG